UUUUUUAAGGCAUACUUACAUUUGCUUUAAUAAAUGUAGCUUACAAUCCUUUAUCACAGUAUUUAAAGCAGGAGUCGCCAACCUUUUUAGACGGGUGGUCCAUUUUGAAUCUUGAGAGCGUGUCUGUUUUUUCCUGCCUCUGGGGGGUGACAAUGCAGAGGGAUGGAGAAGACCAUCACAGACAGCCUGGUGUCCACCCUGGAGAACUUGCGAGAGAACGAACUCAAGAAGUUCAAGCUCAAGCUUCAUGAGUUUCCUGUUAAGAAGGGCUAUGACAACAUCCCCCGAGGGACACUGGAGAAGGCAGAUGUGGUGGACCUGAGCCUGCUUCUGCUGAAUUUCUAUACAAGAGAUUAUGCCGUGCAGGUGACAGCUGAGGUGCUCAGAACCAUCAACUGCAGGGAUGAGGCAGAGAGGCUCCUCGGGCAUUGCAGGAAGGGAGUUCCUGCCCAGAGGAGCCAAAGAAAAUGACCACACACAGAGAGUCCUCUCUAGGAAGUUCAAGAACUCUGUGUAUACAAG